GAAAGUAGUCGUCUUCUUCGUUUUGGAUGUGGCCGGGAACGAGGAAGAAGUAACAAUCCGACCUCGAUUCCGUUUGACGAACACUAUCACGCUUCCAAUUCAGAAUCCCACAACGUUUCCAACCGCAAAAUCUAAGAAUCGCGCUUCCUUUCCAACGUAGAUAGAAACACACCUCCAUUAAUUAAGGCUAAGCAACCAGGGUGGUCUAACUGGAAAACCUUUUUUCUAUAUUUAUCUAUUGUAGAAAUCUCGUCAUCGUGUUUUAGUUGUUAAGUGAUCGAGAGAUGGUUAUUGCGGUGGCGGCUACGAGCUCCAUUGUUUCCGGCAUCAAACUUUCAGAGAUCUUUAAUUCCGUAGAUGAUGCCUCCAGUAGUUGCGGAAGAACCAACCUGACCGGAGUUAGAAUUUAUUCGGCAUUGAGUCGCCGACGAUUCUCAUCGAUCGGAGCUGUGUCCCCAAUUCGUGGGCAUUUCUUCAAUUCCUCUUCUUUCGCUUGCUCUCCGGAUCUCGGUUUGGUCGGUGGUUUAAGUGCUCUGCCAACCGCUUGUGAAAAUUCAAGCCUUUCCAUCAAUACCUUCAACCAGCUGAUUGAAACUUUGAUUGAUUGGGUGGAUCUAUCUGAAUCGGAGGCUGAAUCAUCUCUUGAGUUUUUACUGAACGAGGCAGACGAGGUCCUGAUUAGCGCCUUUCUAGUUCUACUGAGAGCUAAAGGCGAGACAUACGAAGAAGUUGUGGGGUUGGCUAGGGCAAUGAUAAAACAUGCUAGGAAAGUGGAAGGAUUAGGUGAUGUUGUGGACAUAGUUGGAACAGGUGGUGAUGGAGCAAACACAGUCAAUAUAUCAACUGGAUCUUCAAUACUUGCUGCAGCUUGUGGCGCAAAAGUAGCAAAGCAAGGGAACCGUUCGAGUUCUUCUGCAUGUGGAAGUGCUGAUGUACUAGAGGCACUAGGAGUAAUGCUGGAUUUGGGACCAGAGGGCAUCAAAAGAUGUGUCGAAGAAUCGGGGAUUGGCUUUAUGAUGUCCCCUAUGUAUCAUCCAGCUAUGAAGAUUGUUGGUCCUGUCCGGAAAAAGCUUAAAAUAAAAACCGUCUUCAACAUAUUGGGACCUAUGCUUAACCCUGCUAGAGUGUCUUAUGCUGUCGUUGGUGUAUACCACAAAAAUCUGGUUGUUAAGAUGGCAAAGGCGCUGCAACGAUUUGGAAUGAAAAGAGCACUGGUGGUACACUCAUAUGGUCUAGACGAAAUGAGUCCAUUAGGAGGAGGGCUAGUUUAUGAUGUAACCCCGGAAAAGAUCGAAGAAUUCUCAUUCGAUCCAUUGGAUUUUGGUAUUCCUCGUUGUACACUUGAGGAUUUGCGAGGUGGAGGUCCAGACUAUAAUGCGGAUGUGUUAAGACGUGUUCUUUCAGGGGAACGUGGAGCAAUUGCCGAUUCAUUGAUCCUAAACGCAGCUGCAGCUCUCCUGGUUAGCAACCGAGUUCAAACACUAGCUGAAGGAGUAACCUUGGCACGUGAAGUACAAUCGUCUGGGAAAGCUAUCAAGACGCUUGAUUCAUGGAUACACAUCUCGAACUUAGCUCAGAAAUCUUAGUGAACAGAGAGGCCUAUGCAUUGUUUAAACUCAAGUUCUUCACUCAUUCUUCAGCUACACCUCACACAUCAUCAUCAUCAAUCAUCAUGGAGUCUAUUCUUUGGAGACUUUGACACAGAUCUCGGUUGGUUCGAUGAGCUUGAACGUGCAAACAUCUCCGACCUCUAAGCCUAAUUCUUUGGCGAAACGACUCCAUCCAGCAGAAAAUCUUGACUGCACAUCAGUGACCACAUACGUAACCUCCCAUGACUUCUUUCCCGUCGGAUGAUGAAUCUUGAACAUCUUUGUCUGAUUUGGCAUAUGCAUGUCCACAAACUUCUUCGGGAUCCCCUAAAUGACGGAGUUGUGUUAGAUUAGUUCACAUAAAUAAAUACAACCAUUUUGACAAUAUGUAACUGGUUUUGCCUUGCUUAUCUUACCAAGAACAGGAGGUGUGAUUACUUGAUGGUGAUCUUGAAUUCUGGAACAAGAGAUGAGGUGCCGGCUUCAGAAUCAUUAGAAACAGUAUCCACCUUCCUGUUCUUACUCUUCUUGGAUUUUUGUGGUUUCCUUGGCUUCCUUUUUUCUCAAGUUAAGCUCCUGUUUCCGCUUCGAA